AUGAACCGGCCAACAUCCGAGUUAUAUCGAUUGUCAGAUCAGGGUUUCAAUGCUGUAGUUGCGGCUUAUGAGCUGGAGUGGCAGAACACGUUGGACAUACUACAGGGCGAAAUACUCCGCCAGGCAGCUCCGAUUCGACGACUUGAAGAAGAAACUGAGCGUCUCCGAGCACAGGAAGUCGAAAAUGCCCACAUUCGUGAAGCAAUGGAAGUCGAAAAUGCUCAACUUCAUGAAGCAAUGAUGCAACGAGAGCACCAAGCACAGGCCGAAAUCGAGGAACUUCGUGCAAAGCUACAUACAGCUUUAGCCGUUGGUGCGAAGGCAGCGCGGGAGGAAGGAGGUUACGAAGACUUGUACUGUUUGUGUUACAGCAUGGUUGUGGAGGUGAUGGUUUGUCAUCCCCAUUUCAUCGAUGUUCAGAACCCAAUUGCAAAGGCUAUCGUUUGUCCUGAGUUCACACAAACAGACGCGGCCGAUGUUUUGUUCAAGGAUUUGUCGAGUGGUUUCAAUGUUGAAGAGAUGGGCCAAAUCUAUGCUAUCAUUAACUCCCGCUUUUGUGAACAGCUUGAAGACGGACCAGCUGACUGCUAUCUUGCAGCUGUAUGCUUAGAUCCACAUAUUGCAAUCCUGCAUAACCCGCUCUCUCUCAAAAUCAAGAUUCCUCCCAUUCCUUCAACAGCUGCGCCUGAUAUCCUCACAUCGCCAACUUAUGUCCGAGUUCUCAAAUACCUCAAGAUUGUGAUUGAAGCUGAGUUCAAUUCCCAGCACCACUCCGCCCUCAAAGGAAAACAGCUGUCGAUGUUCAUGAAGCUUUUGUGA